AUGCCCUUCGGAGAGAUCGUUAUAGGAGCACCAGGUGCUGGUAAAUCCACGUACGCAUAUGGAAAAUACCAACUCUUCACCGCUCUUCAGCGACCGAUAGCCAUCGUGAACCUGGACCCAGCCAACGACAAUUUGCCUUACCCAUGCGAGAUUUCCAUCUCAUCACUCAUCACAUUGCAAGAUGCAAUGGAAGAAUUUGGACUAGGUCCCAAUGGUGCAAUGCUCUACUGUAUAGAGUACCUAGAGCAAAACUUUGACUGGUUGCUCGAAAAGCUAAAAGCGCUCGGUGGCGGAGGAAGUCAGAACGACGAAGUAUACGUAAUGUUUGAUCUACCAGGUCAAGUAGAACUGAGCACGAAUCACGAGAGUCUCAAAAAUAUCGUGGACCGAUUACUCAAGAAUGACUUUAGGCUCGCAGCAGUUAAUUUAUGUGAUGUACAUUACGUGACGGACGCUGCCAAGUACAUUUCCGUACUGUUGCUCUCGCUACGGACGAUGCUCCAGUUGGAGUUGCCGCACAUAAACGUUCUCUCCAAAAUCGAUUUGCUCUCACAAUACGGUGACCUGGAUUUCAAUCUAGAUUUUUACACCGAAGUGCAAGACUUGUCGUAUCUAGAGAAUUCGUUGCCCCAGGGAACGAGAUUCUCUGCUCUGAAUAUGAGAAUCUCAGAGAUGGUCCAGGAUUUCGGGUUGGAUCGAGAAUCGAUGCUAAGGCUGAUGCGCAUCGUCGACCGUGCCACCGGCUGUAUCUUUGUGCCUCCGUCGACGGUUGCCGCCACCCAGAAGGAGUCGAGUCGAGACGACAAAAAAGAAGGGAUACCUGUCACGCAGAGACCGAAUAUAUACUCGUUAUUUACAACUGCGGCAGGUGCAAUUGGAGGUGUCAGAGGCGAUGUACGCGACGUGCAAGAACGGUGGCUCGAGGCGAAAGACGAAUGGGACGAGCAUGAAUUGGAGCAGAGAAAGGAGGAAGCGGCUGCACUAAAAGAGAUGACAAGAUCUACCAUGUAA